AUGGGCGUCCAGCCGACGCCCGCGAUACAGGAGCAGGGCGCCUGCCCCUUCCACGCUGCCGGCCAAGACGCCGCCUUUUUCCUCGGCGUCGGCGCCGCGGCCAUGAUGGAGGCGGAGGUGGAGCAGUCGGCGUCGCCGCCGCCCAUGUCCUCCUGCGGCCGCUACAUCCUCCACCGCGUCUGCAGGUUCGACACGCUCGCCGGCGUCGCCAUCAAGUACGGCGUCGAGGUGGCUGACGUGAAGCGGGUGAACGGCCUCACCGCCGACCUGCAGAUGUUCGCGCACAAGACGCUGCGGAUCCCGCUGCCCGGCCGCCACCCGCCCGCCGCACCCCAUUCCCCUCCGUCCUCCUCCCCAAUCGCCGCCAGGGAAUGGACAACGCGUCGCCCUCCGAAAAAUGCUGCAUUGGAUCCAUUUCCGAAACCGCCGAGGAGCACGGUUUCGCCGUCCAUGAGCCUAUUGCAGGGAUACUAUGGCCUUGCUCCGGCUCCUGAGCGGGAUGCAGCAGAUGAAGUCACCGAACUGGUGACAGCUAAUAAAGGUCAUCACAGGAAAGCUAGAAGCAUAUCGACUAGCUUCCCUGUUGUAAAUGGGGAUGAAAGUUGGGAGACUGAUGAUGCUGAAAAACAAAUAAGGCGGCGCCAGAAAGCCGAUAUUGAGCUCACAGCAUGGGAGGACAACAGCGGUGGCCUGUCGGCGAGGGCCGCCGGGCAAGGCUUGGCGCUGAGGCCAAAGUCUGGCACUCGGCCAGAUAUGAACAGUAGCCAGCAAGAUCUCUUAGCUGCCGGGCUGGUGCCUUCGUACGGUGAUGGCCUGCAGGCUGUCAGGAAGUCAUCGAGCACCCCGGAGUUCCAAGAUUCAGACAAUAGCAUUGCUUCGGUGUGGCUGAGGAGCAAGUGGAACCUGAAGCCAGACGCCUUCACUCUGCCUCUCCAAAUCAUGCUCUUGGACAGCCUCCCAAAGCCUCUCUUCGACAACCUCCCGAAGCCCAUCGCUGCUUGGAGAAACAAGGCUGCCAGGGAUUAACAAGGGCCUCAGCUCAUCUGUAUGCCAUGUAAUUUAUCCGUGGCCGCUGGUGAUCUUGGUCCAGGUGCAGAAAGUGCCUAUGGUCGCGGUUUGGACAGUGACCACUACAGACGAGAUGCACUUCUUUCAUAAACUGCAAUGCAAAGAUGAUGCCGAAAAGACAGUGUUGGAUACGUUAGCUCUACAUACAUAGUGUACCGAACCUGUUGCGCCAGAGCGGCAGUUCCUUUUUUAUGGAUUCUGUAGUUUGGUACGAGGCCUGGUUUUCAGGGUAUUGUUUUUCUUUGUACGAGAUGCAGAACUGCAGAUAGACAGCAUAUAUAGUACCAAAGGUGAAACGAGAAGCAGAGUGUGUACACUAAUGAAGGAAAUGGCUUUGUUAGUGCCUGUGUAUUACGUCUAGAUGUGAAUUUGUGAUCUCAACUCUGUUCUUCAUAAGCUAUAAACUAUUGCGGAA